AACAUUCCUUCAUCGUCGCAGAGUAAUGACGUUGAGCUUUGUUAAAUCGUUGGCUAAAAUAAGCGAUAAUAUUCACAUCGUCGCCGUUCUUUUGGCCCAGGAAUGCUCCUGCACCAACUUCACUAGCAUCUACGUGAAACACGAAGUCUUUGGUAAAGUCAGGGAAACAUUACACAGGUGCUUUGCUGAGUAAACGUUUGAUGUCUGCAAAAGCUUUAUCAUGUUCCUGGUUCCAACGUUUUGCGAUUGAUUUUACAUGCUCUUUUUUUGUGAGUUCGACUAGCGGCGCAAUGACCGUAGAAACGUCGGGUAUAAAUUUCCUCACAUAGUUAACCAUUCCCAAUACUGAGCGAAGUGCUUUGAUUGUUUUGGGCAAGUCGAUAAUAGAUUGUAUACGAUCUUCCCCAAUGCGAAUCCCUUUUGCAGACAGUAUGUGCCCCAGGUAUUUUACUUCCUGUGGUCCAAAUUGUACUUUAGAGGGUUUCAAGGUAAGACCGGCCGCUUGGAGUGCUUGGAGCAUGCUUUCUAAUAAGGUUAGAUGGCUCUCCCAAUUUGAGCUGCAGCAAAUAAUGUCGUCCAUGUACACCAAAAGUCCACUGCGUGGUCCGAAGUGAGAGAAUGCCAGAGACAUCAUACGGGCAAACAGAAAAGGAGCAUUCGCAAUUCCGAAGGGGAGGCGUUUGAAAACCCCUUUUCCUUUGUUGGUCACAAAAGCGGUCUUUUCUUGUUCUGCUUCGUCUACUUCAAUUUGGUGGUAGGCUGACUGAAUAUCGCAGACAGUAAUAAAUUUCGCACCUCCAACGGUAUCAAUAUGGGAUUCUAUAUCUGGCAUGGGCCAAGAUUUUCGAAUUAAACUCUUGUUAAUAGUAGAGCGGUAGUCAACGCAGAAUCGAGGAGUGCCAUCAGCUUUUGCUACGAUGGUAACAGCAGAUCCCCAUGAACUGGGUCUCUGUUCAAUAAUCUCCUCGUCUUCCAUUUGUUCCACACACUUGUCGAUAACUUCUUGCGCUCUAGGAUUAG